AUGAAUGCUGGGCUAUCUCUUUCUUUUUCUUUUUCUUUCUUUCUUUCUUUCUUUCUUUCUUUCUUUGUAUCUUCGACUCAUCAUCUAUCUAUCAGUCCGUUUCUAUCUAUCUAUCUAUCUAUCUAUCUAUCUAUCUAUCUAUCUAUCCUACACUCAACAUCUAUCAGUCCGUUUCUCUUUAUCAACCCGUUCCUUUCUUUCUUUUCUUCUUUCUUUCUUUUUCUUUCUUUCUUCCCUUUUAUUUAUUUCUUACUUUCUUUUUCUUUCUUGCUUUCUUUUUUCUUUCUUUUUUUCUUUCUUUCUUUCUUCUUUCUUUCAUUAUUCCCUUCUUUCUUUCGUCUUACAUUCGCUUUUUCUUUCUUUCCCAUUUUCUUUUUAUCUUUCUUUUGUUCUUUUCGAUUUGCCCUUUUUUUACGUCUUUAUUUCCUUCAUUCUUUUCUUUCCGUUUUUCUUCUUUCUUUCUUUCUUUCUUUCUUUCUUUUAUGA